ACCUAUGUUGGUGUAUUUUGUGUUCGAUAUGGCCUCUCGUAGCAGGAAAAGGAAUUAUGCUACUUUAUCAGCCGUUGGAUAUAAGCAACGAGUGUGUAUUCUCCACAAGUCUGAGAUACGAUUUAUCUUUCGGAAUGGGAUUGUCUGAUACCAUUUCUUUGCUUUUUAGAACAAUAGACGAAAUAGACUACCAAUGCCGUGUAGAUAUAGUCACAGAUCAAAGCAAAGGUGUCUACCUGUUGUUAGUCAUAAAGUAUCCCAAUUCACUAGGGGUGAGCUGCGAAAUCAAUCCGAAUGCCUUCGCAGUGUUCAAAAAGGAGCAUUGUAUAAGGAUCUGCGACCAAGUGGAAUAUAAAAAGUAUCCGUCAAAAUUACUUAAAUUGUAUAUGACGGGUAGAGUGCGUUUUCGGUUUGUGAGUAACAGUAGCGUCAACGCCGAUAUCAACGCCCAUUCUUACUUAGUUACCGCCACAUCCGCGCGUCUUGAAGGAAAUAACUCGUGCAGAGCUAAUGAAACCAAAUGUGCUAUUGAAGGAAAGAUAUUUUGUUUCACCGGCGGAGUGGCUUGUGACGGAAUUGAAAACUGCGGUCUCGCUGCAUGGUAUGAUGAGAGAGUUUCCGAGUGCGUCAGAAAACGAGAAACCCUUAGCAUCGCUCCUAUAAUAGCUGUGAUUGCUUUGAUUUUUUGUUCCUUGUUGACCGUAACACACGUUGUGAUGAAAUGCAUCCCGUCCGUCGCCGGCGCCUUCUUUAUUUACAAUGCGAAUGAAGACAACAGGUUCUGCUUAAACCCCGUGUUUAUAUCGCCUGAAGGAGCUGUCGUUGAAAAUGAGGAACGGAAACUUUCUAUCAUACCGGCGUUGGAGACAAGUUCAUCAUCGAUUGACUGCGAUUCAGAAGAUUACGAAAAAAGAUUGAGUUGCAAGUUUGAAAGAAACUUUAAGGAGAGGUCAAAGACUCCCAAGAAGAGUAUAGUCAGGGACAUGACGAUCAAAAUUGGCGACAGGCUUCGUUCUGCUGCCGGCCUGAUAGUGCAUCAUGGAGAGAACAAGCAAUGUUCCAAGUCCAACAAAUAAUUAUAAAACUACACAACAUUACGUACCCUUGGUAUAAUAAUGUCAUAUGUGAUCAUGCGUCAAAAAAGUUGUCCUUUUGCGAAUGUGGCCUUAUUACCCUUAUAAGGGUGCGAUUUUAACCAAAUAUUACGAAGUAAACCGUAAGUUUAGUUUAAUUUUAAAAUAGAACGAAAGCACUUUAUUAAAAUUCCUUUUGAUUUAAUGAACUUAUUAUUAAACCGAUAAUUUUGUACUUACCUUGUAAAAUUACCUUAAGUAAAUAUAUUGUAACAUCGAUAAUGGUUUCCUUACUUUAUUAGCCACAUACAUUGCUUACAGCAUUGACUUACAUUUAUUUGUAAGUCAAUGGCUUACAGGAAUAUUUUUACAUACGCCCGUGACAAGAUUCCAAAGUCAUUAUGAAAAAUAUAUUGAAAAGGGCACGUUUUUAAACGGUAAAUCGAUGGAUAAUUUAAUCUGUUCUGAGCUAUGCAAAAAAAAUUUAUUUGUAUAAAAUACGUUUAUAAAUAUUUUGGGUUAAAUAUGUUGUGCCUUAAAACUAAGACUAAUGAGCAUUGAAAAUAAAAUUUAGAUAC